CAUCAUCCCCCCGUGCAGUGCAGUAUCUCCAUGGUAACACGGCUCUCCCGUUGCUGGUGGUGACGACGCUCGGUGCUCGAUUCCCUGCCCUGGUUCGGCUCUCGCUCUACCAGGCCUGGAGCGCGGAAGCUGAAGACAAAGAUGGCGGCGCCCGGGAGCGGCCCGUUCGGCCGGGGCCUGGACAUCAGCCUGGCGGCUCUCCGGCGGCAGGACCCGUACAUCCAGAGCAUCGUGGACGUGGCCAGCCAGGUGGCGCUGUAUACCUUCAGCCACAAGGCCAAUGAGUGGGAGAAGACGGAGGUGGAGGGGACGCUGUUUGUGUACACCAGAUCUGCCUCCCCCAGACACGGCUUCACUAUCAUGAACCGCCUGAGUAUGGAGAACCGCACCGAGCCCAUCACUAAGGACCUGGAAUUCCAACUACAAGAUCCAUUCCUGCUCUACAGAAACGCCAGAUUUCUUAUCUAUGGAAUCUGGUUCUACAAUCAAGAAGAAUGCCAAAGACUCGCCGAUCUCAUGAAAAAUUUAACCCAACAGGAACAGCUGAAGGCUCAGCAGCAGUCGUCCAAUGUCGGGGUCUCUCCCAUGAACCUCCACUCGGAUGGGAAGGAAGUCGACAUCCUUCAGAUGCUCAACAAGGCCAAGGAUGAGUACACGAAGUGUAAACCAUGUUCGGAGCCCAAGUUGAUGAGCAGCUCCUCAGCCAUCCACACCAACCCCAACCUCAUCAAACCCAUUGCAGUGAAGCCCAGCGACACCGCCCCUCAGUUUCCAGACCCCGAGCCCCAGCAUUUAUCCCUCACCACCCUCUUCGGAAAGAUGGAAAAGAACCCAGCGGAAAGUUCGGAUCAGAAAGACUCCCCCUCCGCGCGCCAGACAGUGGUCCGCUCCUUAUCCUACGAGGAGCCGACGCGUUUCGCAGACGGCUGUGACAAGCAGCUGUGCCCGGCCAUCCAGAAGCUUCUGCAUCCCGUCGCUGAGGUCCCGGAAACCCAGCAUUGUCACAAUGGCGUGCACAUGCCGCCCGGAGACGUCUUCAGUAGCCUCUUUUUACCGCUGGAAGACUCCGCCCCCUCAUCUGGACAGGACCACGUUUGUGGGGGCGACUUCAUUCUCCAUAAGCUGCAUGCAGGUCCGCAUUCCUUUGUGGAUCGGGCACCCCCGGCCAUUUCUCAGUGUGCAUCAGGGAAAGCAAUGGGGAGCGCCCCUCUUAAUUACUAUGGCGCGUCUCUGCCCAAUCAAAGGACUCCGGCACCCGUAGCCCCCGCACCUCUCGCUCCACAAUCGUCCUCUGGAGCCAUUUCCCCUCAAGAAUUCCUUAAAAAAUUGACUCUUGUGCAUCAGGAGCAACAACUGCAGAUGAACCCCAAACCUGCGCUGGCCGCCAAAUUCCCAGUCAUAACCCAGGGCGCCCCGAAACCAGCAUGGGCAGAGAAACUGGGGGAGACCAAUCCGCUGCUUCAGGUGAUAUCACCCCAGAAAAUCCCGGCCACGGUGUCGCCGUCGCUGCUCCUGUCUCCUGCAGUGUUCACGCAGUCCUGUGUAAGCGAGCCCAAAAACGCUUCUCUUCCCACUAAAGAACCGGCGGCAUCUACUACGGCCAACCUGCUUCUCCCGCUGUCGCUGCAGGAUCCCCCCAGUAACCAGAGCAGCGUCCUCACCAAGAGUCAGCUCCAAGGGACCUUGUUAUACCUCAUCCAGAACGACGAGAACUUUUUGAACACUAUCUAUGAAGCGUACAGCUCUGUCCUGAACAGAGGGGGCGCCAGCAGGAAGUUCUGAGAUGAUCUGCACACUUACUUUAUUUAAGUCUCAUAUCUUUUUCUUUUCUUUUCCUCUUUUAGUGAGGUUUGUGGGAUUCGCUCUUGACGUCUUUUUAAUUCCUUCUAGAUAAGUGUACCCCUCCGACCGAUGUCUUCUCCAGUUCCCAGGGCAUGCUGGGAGUUGUAGUUUUGCAACAAACGGAGAGCCACAGGUUGUGGAACACUUGAUUUUUAAUGACUUAGCAGGGUAUAUUUUUAGUGCUAUCUUUUUAGCUGUAGAUAUUGUUUUUUGUUUUUUUUGUUUUUUAAAUCAUCGUAGAGAAUUGUAUAUUUUUCUUGCAAAUCCAGAAGUGUAAAUUUGUUUAUUUUAUGGAUUUUGGAGCAAUAUUCUGCAGAGAUUCCAAAGAAAUCUAUUUUGACGAUGGCCACUAGAUGGCGCCAAGUGAAUAGGAUUGCUAUACAUACAAUAGAACAGUGGUCUCCAAACUGGGGACCUUAAGCGGUUGCAAAACUUCAACUCCCAGCAUGCCCGGACAGCGAAUGGCUGUCCGGUCAUGCUGGGAGUUGUAGUUUUGCAACAGCUGGAGGUCUACACUUUGGAGACCACUGCAAUCUAAGCUAUACAGUGAGGAUUUUUAUACGGAGGUUAUUGAGAUAUACAGUAUAUUAUGUAAAUCUUUAAGGGUCUAUUCCACACGUACAGUAUUCUGCGCAGAUUUGAUGCGCAGGAUUUCAAGCUGUGUUCAGUUUACAUUGAAAUCUGCAGCAGAAAAUCCUGCGCAUCAAAUCUGCGUAGAAUACUGAAUAGACCAUAAAGGGGUAUUCUAAGACUUUAAUAUUGAUGGAAGCGGUCCGACUCCCAGCAGAUCGAUGGGACUGCUGUUACCUGGCAGAGUGCGACACAUUUUACAGUGGCUGUGACAGGUACAGCAGCUCAGUCCUAUUUGUUUGAAUGGGUACUGGGCUGUAGUUUACUGCACUACCAGGCACAGCCACUACAAAAUGUGUGGCACUGUUUCUGGUAACCAAUGAAGAGGCCUAACAAUGCUAACCAGAGCGCAACACCCCCUUUAGUUAGCUGACUAGUGGGGCUUGCGGGUGUCAGACCCCAUCCUAAGGAUAGGCCAUCACUAUUUAAUUUCCAGAAAACUCAUUUUAAGGGGGUCUCUAUGCUCGGCUGACUGUAGAACAGAUGAAUUCCAUCUGUUGUUCCCGGUUAUCAGCCAUUUUUGUCUGACUGUAGACAGUUUCAGUGGGGUCCUGACCUAAAUAUUUUUGGUUAUGAAUAUGGUGUAAGCUGCUGUGCAGAAAUUAUAUGGAAUUUCAUUUUCCAAGAAGCUAUUUUUAAUAAACGUCCCUAUUCUUUGGC